GUCUGGCAGCAGCUGACCUCGAGUGGCCGCACACACUCAAGGGGGUAGCAGUCACCCGACAAUCAUAACACUGCAACAUUUUCAAGGGGUGAAAAAUUAUAUAGAUUUGAACAACAACAACAACAAUAAAAAAGCCCCCUCUUAAAAUGGGAAAUAACAGGAGCUCGGCAAUUUCGAAGGAGCUGCUCGAUGACCUGAAGCUCAACACUGCCUACUCGGAGCAGGAGCUCGCCGACUGGUACAGCACCUUCCUCAAAGAGUCUCCGGACAGCCGGAUCUCCAGGGAGCGCUUCGAGCAGAUCUACUCCAAGUUCUUCCCAAACGCAGACGCCACCAAGUACGCCCAGCACGUCUUUCGCUCCUUCGACGCCAACGGGGACGGGACGCUCGACUUUCGCGAGUACGUGGUGGCCCUGCAUCUCACCGCCUCGGGCGAGAUCGACCUCAAGCUCGAGUGGGCAUUCUCUCUGUACGACAUCGAUGGAAACGGAACCAUCAACAAAGCCGAGGUGCUGGAGAUAGUCACGGCGAUAUUUAAGAUGAUUCCACUGCAAGAGCAAAAGACCUUGCCGGAAGACGAAAACUCUCCUGAAAAACGAACAGAGAAGCUGUGGAAGUUUUUUGGCAAAAAGGAAAACGAUAAAAUCACCGAGGGAGAAUUUGUGGCAGGGGUUAAAAACAACAUCGAGAUACUGCGGCUCAUCCAAUAUGAAAAGCUGCACAGCCACAAGUAGAGUGCGCGGUGGAGGAGCGGCGAGGCGGAGGGUUACUGUUGGUGGUGGUGCUGCCCAUGCCUUCACGACGCUUUGCUUCCUUGCUGUGCAAGAGCUCUGCCCUGGACGGGCGCUUCUUACCAACGUACAGCCCACUCCGAUCAAACAACAAUUGGCCACCUUCCAUUGA